UUAUUUAACAUGCGGUGUGGUUCUGUUAUCUGUUUGCCUUGCACCCAGUUUCCAUUGAGUUAUUAUGAUGUCACAGGAAGACGCGCAACGUUCAUUUCCGAUACGUUUUCAUUUGACAGGUGGCUGGAGGUUCGACUCUGUAUUUGUCGUUUUCUACUUAGACAAUAAUGAAAAUAAUAUUGGCUGGACUGCCUAAAACCGGCACGAACUCGAUUCGAGAGGCAUUGACAAUGCUGGGGUAUCAGGUUUACGACGCCGAGAAUAAUUUUGAACAUCUGCACGACCAAUGGACAAAAAUUAUGACCGUUGGGGGAACGGCUGACGAUUUUCGAGAGAUGUACAAAGACAUAGAUGCCACAUGUGACGUCCCAGCAUGCCACUAUUGGGAAGAGAUGCAUAAAGCUUUUCCGGACGCAAAGAUCUUACUGAUGGUUCGAGAUACAGAAGAAGAAUGGCUGGGAAGCAUGAAUCUACAAAUGCGAAUGUUGUCAACGUGUGGACUCUACAGCGCCAUCAGCCGGCUGUCACCACACUGCUCUAAACUACAACGAUUUCUCAACAACGCAAUUCGUAUCGCCUUCGGUUCGGUUCCUAUCUCACCUUGGGAGACCUACGUUCCAAACAACCAAGCCUUAAGAAUAGCAUACAGAAAUCACAACGCAAGAGUCUUACAGGUUGCACCAAAAGACAAACUGUUAGUGUACAAGUGUUCGGAGGGUUGGCCCAAACUUUGCAAGUUUCUCGGCUGCCAAAUACCAGACGACGAUUUCCCACACAAAAAUAAAAAAGGCGAAAUCCUAAAAAACAAUAUGAACGACACUAGCCCAGGUUACCGGCAGAUAAAACGUGAAAUAACAGUUUCGCUGUGUGCCUUCGUGUGUGGCAUAGGUUAUCUUGCAUACGUGGUGGCACACGCGUCUCGUAUUAUCUAUUAAUUCUUUUUAAUUUACUGUAUGUGUUAGUUCUAAUCUGUAAGAUAUAAUGUUUAUCGUUAUUUAAGCAGUGUUUGACUCGUGUUUUGCCUUUAAUUAAUAGAACAAUUUAUAUUUAUUACCAAUGUGUUAAAAGUUCCCGAAAUUCCCACUUUCACCGUAUUAUACAAGUAUUAGAUUUUUAUGUAUGUUCUAAAGUUUCAAAACACCAUUCGAAGUUCAUGGGAUUUUUAAAGUUUCUAGUGUAAUUAUUUGUAAAACAUUCCGCUUUCGUUAGUUAUUGUACCGAAUAAUUGUAAAUUUUCGCGUAUGCAUAAUACAAAUCAAAGUAUAAAAA